CUGCAACUCACACAACAAUUUAUAUUAUCUACAUAAACUCUAUAACCAACAACUCACCGAAACUGUACAACCUCGUGUCCUUGUGUUAUAUAUUCUGCCUAUUCAUUCAUUCAUUUAGUCAAACAUGGGCGAUAUCUUUACCAAUCUGAACGCAAUCUUUGAAAUGCGCUGAGAGAAACAUUAUUUAUUUAAACUUGUGCAAUUCUUUCCAUCUAUCCUUAGCCGCCCAUCUUUCAUUCAAUUCAAUCAAACUUUGGGACAAUACUCGAGUUCAUACCAUAAACAUUCAGACGACCCUGGACAAAUUACGUGCUGUUGCAUUGCGGCGCUGCUAGGGAGUCGCAGGGGCAUAAGUAUUCUUAGAAAAAUACCUUUCCCAAAGAAAUGCAGACAACCCCCCAACAAAACAGUCAUGGCCGAUGCGACAGAGACGAGAAAUAGAGUGAGGCAGCGUCGUGCAAGUCGACCCAAAGUGAAGACUGGAUGUAAUACUUGCAAGUAAGUUUCUCAUUUCUAUAUUUACUUUUAUUUAAGCAUUCUGGGGAUCCCGUUUCCUCGUAUUUAGAGUUGAAUUUCCCCGCGUCAUGGGUACCCGCAACGGGCGGUGAUAACAAGCAAAUCAAUCUUUAGCUAAUUCAUCCAUCUUUCUUCCCCCAAAUAGAUUACGAAGAGUCAAAUGCGAUGAAUCGAGACCUCAAUGUACGAAAUGUGUUAGAUCGGGAAGACAAUGCGAUGGUUACCCGGCGUAUAAUCCGAGAAAUAGACAUGGCAGUAACACUCUUCGAAUUGCCCCACGACCGACUCACGCCGGCGCUGGCGUGGAAACAAAACCAAUAUCAUCCAACAACUCCAUAAUAUCUACGACAUCUCCUAGCUCGUCGGCACUUGUUCCUAAGAGGGCACCGCAUAUCAUUAAUGAACCAAAGUUCAUCGGCCAAUUGACGCCUACCACACCAUCAACCACCAAUUCCGUCGAAAUUGAUUUUGACUUAUUUCCACCACCUACUCACGGUCUGGCAUUCGGUCCAAAAGAAGGUCAAUAUUUUCAAGUCUUCCGCACUCAUACCGCCAGCGAAUUAUCCGGUUUCUUCGAUUCGGAAUUCUGGAUGAGAAGUGUCCUCCAAGAAUCGCAUUCUGAAGCAUCCAUACGCCAUGCUGUUAUAGCCCUCGGAGCUCUCUACAAAACAUUAGAAAAAGUCGCUGAAUCACCUCCGAGUUCCCCAUCUUCCUCUAAUCAAAAUAAUUCGAAUGGUGAUUCUGCCCCUACUCAUUGGGGUUUUGCUUGGGACCAGUAUGGAAAAGCCAUUACGCGCAUGCGGCAGAGUAUUGAGAACAAUGAAGUUAGAUCGCAAAGAACGAUUUUGAUAUCUAGUGUUUUGUUUACAUGUUUUCAAUCUUUUGUAGGGGACCAUAAAGCAGCUAUCACACAAGUACAAGUAGGUUUGGGAGUGAUGGAAAAGCAGCGCAGGGAAAGAAAGAAACCUUAUCUUCAGCGCGAAGAUGAUAUUGUGGAAGAAGAGCUAGGGCAGAUGUUUACACGCAUGGCCAUUCAGGCCAAAUCAUACGACAUGGCGUUCCAUUUUCCAGCUCCGCAUGUUAUCCGUCUUUCCACCAAUCCAAGUAUCGCCAAUCCGGUAGCAUCGCAAUCCGGACCGCCAUCUCCUUCAACGACUACUUCAAUGACGAAUCUCGAUUGGAGAUAUCACGUAGCUCACGAUCCAGGUCUAGUGAACCCGCCCAGCCCAUCAGAUAGUUCAACCGGCACGACCGCAUCCAUCGAAGCACCGAUUCCGGAAAGUUUCCCCAAUGUUCACGAAGCGAGAUUAGUGCUCGAUGCUUUGUGCGAGAGAAUUAUGCGAUAUAAUGAGGAGUUGGUGGGUUUUUACACAGUAUCCAACAAUAUCCUUCCCGCGUCCAUAAAGUCCAAUGGUUACGGCUUUGGGCGCUCUCUCGAACAAUGGCAAGAGACUUUCGCUCCACUACUCGCCAAACGUCGCGCAUCUGGUACAUCGAAUACUGAAAGAGCAGGCAUGAUCGUGCUUCAAAUGACAUGCUUAAUGACUCGAAUCCUUACCUUCACAGCCUUUUCCUCAAACGAAAUGGAUUUUGAUCAAUUCAUUCCUAUGUUUGCUGAAAUCAAUGACUUGGCCAAGGAGCUAAUCGUAGACGAGGAAUUAGCAUUAGCGCAAGCGAGAUGUGGAAAAGCUUGUAGACAUGUAAGUUUGAAUGCGGAGAAGGGCAUAAGGACACCAUUUGGUGUUAAGGUUAUGAGUCCUAGUCCUGGUCCUGAUGGUCGACCCUCUUCAUCGCAAGAAACUUAUUCACAUAUUAAACCUUCCUUUGCACUUGAUCUCGGCAUCAUCCCGCCACUUUACGUCGUUGCCACAAAAUGCCGCCACAGAAGAUUAAGAAGAGAAGCUAUCAGUCUCCUAACGUCAAGUCAUAGGAGAGAAGGUAUGUGGGAUUCGAGAUUAUGUGCAGGUGUUGGCAGUUGGAUUAUGGAUGUAGAGGAAGGGACAUUGGAUAGUUAUGUUAGGGGGACAGUAUCGGAAAAGCAGAUGGUGCCGAAUGAGAAGAGGGUUAUGGUUAUGGAGGUUGAGUUUAAUCUUGAGAGGAAGUGGGCGAAGUUGAGAUGUGGGACAAGGGGGGCUAAGAGAGGAGAUUAUGAUCCGAGGCGGAAGGAGGAGCAGUUUAUUUGGUAGUGUGGUCGGGGAAAUGAGGAUUGGAUUGGGAGGAAGGAGUGGAGAGGAAGGAGUGGAGAGGAAGGAGUGGAGAGGAAGGAGUGGAGAGGAAGGAGUGGAGAGGAAGGAUUAGAGAGGAUACGGGGGAAAUUCAAGGAGUUGCGAUUGUAUGAUAGUGUACAUACAUGCUUUCCAAGGCGUCUGGAUUGGAUGGGAUUGAAUCAGAGAUAUCUGAGUCGAUGAACAAAAACAAAACUGAAUGAUCAGAAUAAAAACUUUCUGAUUAACAAAAAUUAUUUGAUAUAGGUACGGGCCUUAGAGGUUCAUUGAUUGCUAGGUAUUGAUUGAUUGAUAGAUAGAUGAAUGGAUGAAUGAAAGGGAUCGCAUAGCAUGGCAUGGCAUGCGAUAAAACGAGAG